AUGACCUUAUGUCUUAAGAAAAAUAUUAAAGUUAUACGCUCCUCCGAAUUUUUGGACUCCUUCAAUAAUUGCAAACAGAUUUUAACCAAUGCAACUAUCCUACAGUACCCAAACUUUGACGAACCAUUCAUACUGACAACAGACGCAUCGGACGUAGCCCUUGGUGCAGUACUGUCCCAAGGAAAAAUAGGUUCAGACAAACCGGUAGCAUACGCAUCAAGGACACUUUCGGAUACAGAAGCGAAAUACUCGACAAUAGAAAAGGAGCUCUUAGCCAUCGUCUGGGCAGUGAAAUACUUUAGGCCUUAUCUUUAUGGACGAAAAUUUGUCAUAUAUACCGACCAUAGACCCCUGACAUGGCUAAUGUCACUAAAAGACCCUAAUUCUAAAUUAACUAGGUGGCGGCUUAAACUCGCUGAAUAUGACUACACGGUUGUUUAUAAAAAAGGACGGCAAAAUACCAACGCAGACGCUCUAUCCAGAGUCAAAAUUUAUCAUAAGAGCAUCGAUUCACUAGCAGUCAAUUUAGAUGACAAUUUUGACGGCGACAUCAUAAAUAGAAUUUUCGAAAACGUACGACAAGAGAUAGAUACGGAGACAGAAGGAAUACAACAGCCCGUGGAUAAUAAUGACGACAACAGCAAUAUCAACGAUAAUAACGUGACAGUUAGACCCAACGUACAACCCCCUCUAACAGACACAGAAUCCGAUAGUAUGAGUAUCGUUACACGCAAUCCCGAUCACUUAGUGUCGACAAUCUGGAAGAUAUACAAUUGGAAUAAGCGAUCGAGUAAAGCAAGUCGCGAGGACGCUCCUGGAAGCUGCAGAACCAGCUUCCAACUUAAGGAGGGAAGAGUUAACGUGUCGUAA